AUGCUUUCAAAAGAGAUACAUUCAGGGUUCCAGAUUGCUGCCGCACUACUCUCAUACAGCAUAGGAGCCUUGGCAGUGGGAUUAGUUGUUAAGCAAUCACCAGGAAUUUCAUCAAAAAUUCCUCUUAUUAUCUUUACGGUGUUCGAAUGGGGUUGUGCCUUGAUUCUUACACUCCUCUCAAUUCUUUCCGACAAUUUUCAACGCAGAAUGCUGAAUAGGCUUCGAUUAAUGCUGAACAUCUGCUCCUUGAUCACAGGAAUAUACUGGACCGACUCCCUCAUUUUUACUACUGGUAGAACCGAAAAUACUAGCCUAUUAAUAACGCAGUUGCAGGUAGCCUUAAUAACUCUUUUCAUGCUUUCCCUCUGCAUUAAGACCGUGGCUAUCGUAUAUCCUAAGGAUGAAAAAUAUAUUUCGGAGGAAAUAGAGGUAAUAAAGGAUUUCGAUCCUGAAAGCCUGACAACUAUUUCAAAACUAAGUUCACAGAAGACUGUACGUAUCAAGGAUUCUCUACAGACUCUUGUCCCUGGAAUGGCGGAGAAAUUCGAUCUCGCAAGUAGCAAGCUACCGUCACCAUUAUCAUCACCGUCGAUGUCAUCUCCAGAGUCUUCGUCCUCUUCAUUACCUCAAGUUUGUGAAGCAGUGCUUCUACCAGAAAGCAAAUUCUUUAAUAUAGAACGUCCCGAUACAGCCUUCCAAUUUCCCGAACCAAUCAGAGAAGAGGACGAACCUACAUCAUUUGAUGACAUUCAACUACCAAUUGACCUUCCAACUUCAAUGCCUCCACCUUCGCCCACAAAAUCUGUACUAUCUGAAAGCAGUUUCUUCAAUUAUGAGAAAAGAAUUGAAGGUUUGGAUAACUUAAGAGAUAUUCCGGAAAACUCAGCUAAUCGUUGGCCUCUUUUCUCCACGGGAGCUGAAGAAAACCAAACCCAAGGUGGAAAACACCGUUCCCAUCUUAAUCACGUGUCUAUGGAUUCUUGGAAAGACAACUCGGAGCGUUGGACGCUAAACAGAGAGAGACUAGGUCGUAAUGGUGUGGGUAUCUUUACCUCAACUUCUAAAAUCAAUGACCUGUCCGAUGAUAACUCUUACAACAAGCCUAAGCUACUGGCUCGUCAUCUUUCUCUUAAUCGAUCAUUCAGUGAUCCAGCUUCAGCGGGAUUGACUAGUUCAAUUAACCAGGAUAGACUUGAAGAUCAGUAUAAACCAGCGUAUGGUGACAAUAAUUCCUACAAUCUUGACGAUGAUAAUCUCAAUUCCAUCAUGAACCAAAGCUUUUUUGUUUCUUACGAGUCGCUAAGUAGGAUGUCUCCUGAAACUUCACCAUGCUCCAAAAGCCGGAAACAAAGGAAGCAACAACAGCAGCAACAGCAACUUCUACAAAAAGAAGAGCAGCCACUGCAACAGCUACCAAUGAAACUAAGAACGUCUCAAAUAGCCCGUGAAUAUCCUCCGAGACACUGUCUUCAUUCACGUUCAGAGCCGGAACUUAACUUCCAGUUCAUCAACAAUCUACAGAACACUUCUCCAAAGCGUAAUAGCGCUGUGUCCAGUUUCAAAGGUCACAGAAAAGCGCAAUCAUCAAGCACAUCAAGAAGCUCCCUCCGUUCACAGCAGAAACAUAAGCUUGAGAGAAAGAGCCAGCUUAAACUUAUAGAGUCUCAUUCGGGAGGAGAGACACAACUGGUUGUAGAAGGAACAAGUGAUGAUUCAUUUUCAAGCUCUGAGAGUCAGAAUAGCGUUACUACCUCCAACGACUCAGUUCCCUCCGCCGUGAUAGGGCAGUAUGACAGAGAGAAGUGGCGUACUAUUCAAAGGAAUAAGGAAGAAGUGUGUUAA